AUGGCAUCUUUCAACCCAACCCAGAUCUUUGAUGAUGGAACGACAGAAGAAAAGGGAGAAAAUGCUCGUCUCUCCGCAUUCGUAGGAGCUAUUGCGGUUGGAGAUUUAGUCAAGUCUACCUUAGGUCCAAAGGGUAUGGAUAAGAUUUUACAAUCAGCUUCGACUGGUGAAAUUCUAGUCACGAACGAUGGCGCGACAAUCUUAAAAUCGAUAGCUCUGGAUAAUGCAGCAGCCAAGGUCCUGGUAAACAUUUCUAAAGUUCAGGAUGAUGAGGUUGGAGAUGGAACCACGUCGGUCACAGUUCUGGCCGCAGAGCUGUUACGGGAAGCUGAGAAGCUAGUCGACAAAAAGAUACACCCGCAGACUAUCAUCGAGGGUUACAGGAUAGCAAGUCAUGCAGCUCUGGCAGCUUUGGAGAAAUCUGCGGUGGAUCACAGCAGUAGCCCAGAGGCAUUCAAAAAAGAUUUGUUAGCCAUCGCGAGGACGACACUGAGUUCUAAGAUUCUGUCUCAGGAUAGAGAUCACUUCGCCGAGCUUGCAGUCGAUGCGGUGCUGAGAAUGAAAGGUUCUUCGGAUCUGAGCCAUAUCCAAAUUAUCAAGAAGGCGGGUGGAAAACUCAGCGAUUCGUAUCUCGAUGAAGGAUUUAUUCUGGACAAAAAGAUUGGUGUCAACCAACCAAAACGACUAGAGAAGGCCAAGAUCUUGGUUGCAAAUACAUCGAUGGACACCGACAAGAUCAAAAUCUUUGGAGCUAGAGUAAAGGUUGGAUCUACAGGGAAGCUUGCUGAGCUGGAGAAGGCAGAAAAGGACAAGAUGAAGGCAAAGGUGGAAAAGAUAAAGGCCCACGGAAUCAACUGCUUUAUCAACAGGCAGUUAAUCUACAACUGGCCAGAACAACUGUUCUCUGAUGCCGGAAUCAUGUCUAUUGAGCACGCUGACUUUGAUGGUAUUGAGCGAUUGGCCUUGGUCACUGGAGGAGAAAUCACUUCCACUUUCGACCACCCAGAUCAAGUGCAACUUGGGCACUGUGACCUCAUUGAAGAGGUUAUCAUUGGCGAGGAUACUUUAAUCAAGUUUUCUGGUGUCGCUGCUGGACAGGCAUGCACCAUAGUGUUGAGAGGAGCCACAGAACAACUUCUUGACGAAGCUGAACGAUCAUUACAUGACGCUCUGGCCGUCCUCUCUCAGACAGUCAAGGAGCCAAGAACGACACUAGGAGGAGGUUGUGCUGAGAUGUUGAUGGCCAAGGCCGUCGAAGGAGCUGCCCUAAAGGUUGAUGGAAAGAAACAAAUUGCUGUCACCUCCUUCGCCGUUGCUCUUCGCCAGCUGCCAACAAUUCUCGCCGACAACGCAGGUUAUGACUCUAGUGAGCUUGUAGCUAAAUUACGAACUGCUAUCUACGAUGGUAUGACUACAUACGGACUGGAUUUGUUGACACCAGGGGGUGGCAUCACCGAUAUGCGCGAGCUGGGUGUUAUUGAAAGUUAUAAGCUCAAGAAGGCGGUGGUGUCAUCUGCCUCCGAGGCAGCAGAGCUUUUACUGAGAGUAGACAACAUUAUCCGCAGCGCACCACGACGACGGGAGAGGUAA